CUUUGCUCUCUAUUUCCUCUCCUUACUCUGGAUUCCUAUUCUUAUCCCUCUUACCCUCUUCUCAAAUCGUUCUCUUUCUCUUUCCUCGUCAAUAUUCUGUCCUGGCUUUCUUCGCGCGUAUCUACUCCCUUUUCUCCCGUGAGCACACCAUGCCUCCCCAGAGGAAGCGGAAAUCGGAGAGCGCGUCCAUCGCUGAAGAGAGCGGUGCCCCUUCCGCUAAGAGAGUUGCUCCAGAUACGCCCAACGACGGCGAGAAGCGGAAGAGAGGUCGGCCCAGGAAAUACCCCGAGGGUUCAACUCCCAAGAAGCCGGAUGGCCCCAAGAGAGGUCGCGGUCGGCCUCGCAAAGACCCCAACUCAUUACUUACUCCUUCUAAGCCCAAGGGCCCCAAGUCGGAUGGCACUUAUGGUCGGGGUCGGCCCAGGAAGACAUCGCCUAAAUCCACGCCGACCCGGAACGGCACCAGCAAGUCGACGCCCAAAGAGUCCAAGACAGAGCCCAAAGAAUCCAAGACAGAGUCGUCAGAGGCCAAGACUACUACCUCGGAACCUUCAUACUGGUUGAUGAAGGCAGAACCCGAGUCUCGUAUGGAGAAAGGUGUCGAUGUCAAAUUUUCUAUCGAUGAUCUUCGCGACCGCACGGAACCAGAGGCUUGGGACGGCGUCCGUAACCCGACUGCGCAGAAGCACAUGCGGGCGAUGAAGAAGGGUGACCUGGCCUUCUUUUACCAUUCCAACUGCAAGGUCCCUGGGAUUGUGGGGAUCAUGGAGAUCGUCCAGGAACACGCUGUGGAUGAGUCGGCCUUUGAUCCUGACCACCCUUACUACGACCCAAAGUCCAAGCGCGAGAGCCCCAGGUGGCACGCGGUCCGCGUGGAGUUCCGGCGCAAAUUCAAGAACCCUGUGACGCUGAGCCAGCUCAAGCAACAUAUGGGGCCCGGCGGCCCGCUGACAAACCUUGAAAUGUUGAAGCAGUCUCGGUUGAGCGUGUCCUCUGUUAGACCUUCGGAAUGGUUUUAUAUCCUGGGGCUAUCCGGGGAAAAGCUGUCUGAAGACGAGGACGCCGAGGCGACUGAGGAGACGCAAGAGCCCGAAGCGACUGAAGCGACCGAAGCGAUCGAAGCGACUGAAGCGAUUGAUACGAACGAGAAAACCGAGUCUCCCAAGGAAACCUCUGCUGAGAAUGCAAAUGGGGAGCCGCAACCGAGUGAAUAGAUCUGGG